AUGACCACUCCCGAGGACAUUGACGCGUUCUUUGACGCUCUUGUUGACAGCGUUGCUGCGGCAGAUGAUGCAGAGGAGUCGCAGCAACACACGGUGGGGCUCUCCACUGCGGAGUCAACUUCUGGAGGCUCUCAGGCCCUAGCGGCAGCAUCCGAAAGCACAGAAACUGCACCUGAUGCGGCUGGAACUGCCCUGGUUUCUUCCGAUCCUGGGGAUGCGCCCUCGACGCUACCGACGGCCCCUGUAGUGGAGCCUUCCCUAGGAGCUGCACCUGCAGCGGUACAGCCAGCAAAACCAGUAGCACAGCCUUCUCAGAGCACACUUUCAAAGCCACCAGACAGGCAGUGUGCCGGCUCAUGUCCUCCUUCAGCGCCGCCGCAACAAGCCCCCCUGCAACAAGCGCCUCCUCCUCAUCAGCAGCAGAAGUCUGAUGAGGCAUAUGCCUGCGAGCCACCUGAGCUGCGCUCAGAGCCACCUUACGCAUACCGGCAGUACGGUGACACAGAGGAAGGGAGACAGCAACAUGCGGCGGAUGCCGAGAUGGAAACAGCGGCCCUGUGCAGCUCGGCCCUGGCCGUUUCCCGUCUCAUAGAAAGCAAGCUCAAGGAAAAUGAGCAAGUGCUCUUUGCCAUUCACGAAAAUAUGACUGUUGGACGCUUUGGGGAGGCCCUUUGCUACUUUGAGCGAUUACAGCAAAAUCUGCUGUUUCUUGCCAUGCUGGCGGACCAACAUCGGGGAGGCCUUACUGAGGGAUCUCUGGAGGCGCAGCAGCAGGCGUUCUACGGCAACCGCGAUUUUUGGAGCCACGAAGAGAUGCAGCGCCUGCAUCACGCGUUGCGAACUCCAGGCCAAGACUUGCAGCAACUGGCUGUUGCCGUUGGCAGCAAGAGCCCUGCACAGAUCCUUUCCUACCUGUCGCAUGCAGCAGACCGCCACCUUGUACAUCGAGCAGCAGCAGGCCCUGCGGCUGCAGCUGUGGCUUCUGCUGUCACGGCCAUUCCAAGUCCUGCUGUCGUGCCUCCUGUUCGUCCUGCUGCUGGCUCCUCGACAACUGGGCCUAUGCAGUCCUCUGGUGCGACCUCCUUGUCUUUCUUGGCGCAUAGUGACGCGCUGCGAUAUCUGUUGCACCCUCGUUCCAUAGUGGCAGCAGCUUUGGUGCCGCGCCUUGGUGCGUGUGGCAUCUUGUGUGUCGUUGCAGGUGGAGCUGUUGCGGUUGCGCUGCAGCAAGCACAGGACUCCCAGAAGCCAGAAGAGCAGCAGAAGCUCCAGCUACCGCAGCAGCAAAACCCCGUGCCGCAGCUGCAACAGCAAGUGCCGCAGCAACCGAAUCAGACUCCGCAGCCCCAUACGCAGAUGCCAGAACUGCGGGAGCAGCCUAGUUUGCAACAGUUCCAGCAGCAGCUGUAUCCAGCAGCUACGAGAGUUCCAAGCUCCCAGGCGCUGCAGCACACUCCACAUUUGGCAGCACCACUACUCUUUCAGCAACCCCCGUUGCAGCAGCAGACCGCAGCCGCACAUGGUGAUCCGCUUUUACCAAAUACUGGUUUGCAGAGACACUUAAUGCACACAGCUGGACUGCGAUUAACAACUGCCUCAAGUGUCCCACCCAACUGCAUGCGAUACGCCGCACAUAAUGCAGCAGCUAGCUUAUUGCUUCGUGCUUCCUUUCUUAAUGUAGCCUGUCCUCGCCCACUUACAGCCACCUCCGCCCCCAAGCGUGCCCACUAUGCUGCUUGCUCUUGCGGGGAGUCGUGCAAUGCUCGUCCUCGAAGUGAGGGCCAACAGGGGGACUGUAACACUGGUGUGCUCGUUGAGGCUUCACUGAUCGCUGCCCUAGGACUUUACUGGACGCUGGGUGCGGGCUGA